AUGACCCAACCAACCGACGCAACCGACGGCAUUCUGGCGCCCGGCCUGGUGGGCCGCCGCGAAGUUCUGGUCUGCGAGCACAACGUGGCGCCCCACGUGGCGAAACUCAGCACUCCGUCGAUGAUUCGCGCCAUGGAACAGGCUUCCCAGCGGGCGAUACUAGACUACCUGCCGGCCGAGCAGUCCACCGUGGGAUUCGAGGUCAACAUCCGCCAUGUUGCCGGUGCCGACAUUGGCGCAACGGUCACGGCUGUGGCAGAGCUGGAACGGGUUGACGGCCGCUGGCUCUAUUUCAAGGUAGAAGCGUUGGACGGCGACCGUACCAUCGGCGUCGGCACGCAUCGGCGCGCCAUCAUCACCCUUCCACCGGAUGCUACCAAUCGUGGCGGCGGCAACGACAGCCACACCCACGAGUUGUAA